AACAUCAUGAUAAUUGAUGAUGUUAUGAUCAUUUUUUUGUUGUUGACGUUGUGUGGUUGUUAUUGAUAAAUGACUUAUUCGUCUUGUCGAUCCAUUCAAUGACAUUGUAGUCUUUUUAUCCAGAAAAAUAAUAAAAUACAUAUAUAGAUUUCAUUCAUUUUGAUCCAGAAUUUAUAAACAAAAAUACCAAAGUUCAUAAUUCAAAAAAGUACAGAAAAUUUACAUUUGAUAAAAAUAAAAUGUACUGUCAACGUUAUCUAUCAACGAUCGUUUCAACACAACGAACCAUUUGUUCAUCGUCAUCGUUAUCAUCAUCAUUAAUCGGACAAAAUUUUCGUUUUAAUGUUAUUGAAACUGCCAAACUAGUUUCAAAUGUUCGAGGUUUAUCUAGUCAAUCUCCGGUAUUCAUACCACCGACAAUAAAAUCAUGUCAUGUGGAAAAUGAACCAAUGUUCGCUUAUCAACCAGGAUCGAAAGAACGUUCCGAACUUGAACAACGUAUUAAACAUUAUCUUGGAACAGUGACAGAAAUACCACUGGUUAUUGGUGGCGAGGAAAUCACCACAAGCAAUGUUGAAACACAAUUGGUACCGUUUGAUCAUGGUCAUAUUCUAGCUAAAUAUCAUGUGGCCACAGCAGAAUUGGCCAAACAAGCCAUUGAGAAAAGUUUGGCCAAAAAUCUUGAAUGGUCACAGACUGAUGUUAAUCAUCGAAUCGAAUGUUUGUUGAAAGCGGCUGAAUUAGCCAGUGGUAAAUAUCGUCAAGAUCUGAAUGCAGCCACCGUUUUGGGUCAAGGAAAAACGUUUGCACAGGCAGAAAUUGAUUCGGCUGCGGAAUUGGCAGAUUUUUUUCGUUUCAAUGCCCAUUAUCUCGAACAGAUUUACCGUUAUCAACCAUUAAGUCCUUCACCAUCGGAGAUUCGAAAUGCUUUUCGUAUUCGUGGUCUUGAAGGUUUUGUUGCAGCAAUAUCACCAUUCAAUUUCACGGCCAUUGCCGCCAAUCUUUCAUCGGCGCCAGCAUUGGCUGGCAAUGCUGUCGUUUGGAAACCAAGUCCAAAUGCUUUACUUUCGAAUUGGAUAGUAUAUAAAAUUCUUCGUGAAGCCAAUUUCGCACCCGGUGUCAUUAGCUUUUUGCCAUCAACACCAGAGACAUUCAGUCAGAAUGUGAUUGCUUCACCGGAUUUAGCUGCCGUAAAUUUUACUGGUAGUGUGGCUACGUUUCGAGCCAUUUGGAAAACGGUUGCAGCCAACUUGGACAGCAAUAAAACGUUUCCUCGAUUAGUCGGGGAAUGUGGUGGCAAAGAUUUUCAUUUCAUUCAUCCAUCAGCUGAUUUGGAUACCGUUAUUGCACAGACAAUAAGGGCUGCAUUUGAAUACAGUGGUCAAAAAUGUUCGGCUUGUUCACGUUUGUAUGUACCAAAAUCGAUUUGGCCAAAGAUCAAAGAUCGUUUAGUGGAAAUAACUGCUUCGCUAAAAGUUGGAUCACCACUUGAAUCGGACACAUAUCUAUCGGCAGUAAUUAACGAAGCAUCAUGGGAUCGUAAUACAUCAUUUUUAAAUCAUGCCAAACAAAAUUCAACCAAUCACAAGAUAUUGGUCGGUGGACAAUCGGAUAAAGGAAAAGGAUUUUUUGUGCAACCAACCAUUAUUGAAACUACGGAUCCUCGAAGUAAAUUAAUGACUACAGAAAUAUUUGGUCCAAUUUUAACUGUUUACGUCUUUGAUGAUGAUAAAAUUGAUGAAACUUUGGAUCUGGUGGAUAAAUCAACACCAUAUGGUCUUACUGGAGCAAUUUUCGGUCAAGAUCGUGAAUUCCUUCUUAAAGCUACGGAAAAAUUGAAAUUUGCAGCAGGAAAUUUCUACAUUAAUGAUAAAUGUACUGGAGCUGUGGUUGCACAGCAACCAUUCGGUGGUGCACGACUUUCCGGUACCAAUGAUAAAGCCGGUGCACCUCAAUAUCUAUUUCGUUGGAUUUCUCCACAGAAUAUCAAAGAAACAUUUGUCCCAUUACCAAAUUGGAAAUAAUUCUUUCUAUAGGAAA